AACAAAUGAUCAAAUCAUCUAUAUCAAAGAAGAAAAGCGAUUUUAAUCUAUUGAUUAACUAAAUUUUUUUAUACUUCGGUGUCUCUAUAAUGGGUCCGCCUAAGCGUUUCAAAAAAGAUAAUAGUAAAUUUAAGAAGCGCAAGGACGAUUAUGAUGAAUACAAUGAUGAUGAUUCAAUAGACAGUAGCGAGACAGAUGGUAUUCCGGAUGCAGCAAAGAAUGAUGUUGAAAAACAAGAUGAUUGUGCGAUUGAGGAUGAAUUUGGUGCAAAAGAUUAUCGCUCGCAAAUGAUAUUAAAAUCAGAUUGUUCAUCUAGACCAUUGUGGGUGGCACCAAAUGGACAUAUUUUUUUGGAAUCCUUUUCUUCUGUGUAUAAACAUGCUCAUGAUUUUUUAAUAGCCAUAUCAGAACCUGUAUGUCGGCCGGAACAUAUUCAUGAA